CUCAUUGAAAAUGGCGGCUAGUCUAGCAGACGCUAUCAGCUGGCAGAUUAUGUUAUGGACUGGAUUAACGAUUGUUAUUGUUGGAGCAGUAUUGAAAGGAAUCAUGAAGCACUUUUUCAAAUCACAAGGAAACAGCAGGAUACCUCCUUUGUAUUCCGGGUGGAUACCAUGGCUUGGAUGUGCAGUUGAUUUUGGGCGAGCGCCUUUGUACUUUAUUGAUGAGAAACGGAGAAAGCUGGGACCAGUUUUCACACUUAAAGUGGCCGGAGAAAGGCUUACAUUUUUGAUGGAUCCCACAGAUUUUCACCUUUUAUUUCAGUCCCCAAAUGUGGAUUUCCAAAAGGCUGUACAAACUCCUGUUCAGAAUGUUGCAUCAAUUACAGAAGCUUCAUUCUUUACAUAUCACACAAAAAUUCAUGACACAGUUAAAGGGAAACUUGCUGCCAACAAGCUAAGUUCUAUAUUUCCAAAGCUUCAACAAAGCUUUGCAGAGGGGUUGGACAGUAUCAAGUCUAAAGAAAAAUGUGAGCUUCUUGAGCUUGUAAGGAAUAUAAUGUAUCGUGGAAUCAUAGACAACCUGUUUGGUAAAAACACCCUGCCAACCAUUGACAAGGAAGCAUUUGAAGAACUGGUACAACAUUUUACAAAAUUUGAUGAGCAGUUUGAGUAUGGUUCCAAGAUUCCACAAAUGUUUUUAAGGGAGUGGACUCAGUCUAAAGUUUGGCUGCUGAAGCUAUUCACCAAAGUUGUCAAGCAGCUGGCAUCUGGCACUGCAGAAGAGGAGAAUACUGUUCUGCAGUCUCUUCUGGCAGUUGUUGAUGCAGAACACUCACCAAACUACAGCCUGCUGCUCUUGUGGGCAUCUCUUGCAAAUGCAGUCCCGAUCACAUUCUGGACACUAGCUUUUAUGCUUGCCCAUGAGCAUGCCUGGAAAAAAGCCAAAGAUGAUGUGGCGGCAGUUUUGGGAUCUGGAAAAGAAGUUACUGAAGAUCAACUGUUGAAAACACCUUAUCUGAGGUGGUGCAUUAUGGAGGCCAUACGUUUGCGUUCACCUGGAGUUGUAACACGAAGGGUGAUUAAACCAUUUACAGUCAAGAACUACACCAUACCAGCUGGGGACAUGGUGAUGGUCUCCCCUUAUUGGGCUCAUCGAAAUCCUAAAUACUUCCCAGAUCCAGAUAAAUUCUUACCUGAGCGUUGGCAGUCAGCUGAUUUGGAAAAGAACAUCUUCCUUGAUGGCUUCAUUGCUUUUGGAGGUGGAAGAUAUCAGUGCCCAGGAAGGUGGUUUGCACUCAUGGAGCUACACCUGUUUAUCGCACAAUUUCUUCAGCGAUUUGAUUGCCAACUUCUCAGUACAGUGCCUGACCUGAGUCCACUGCAUGUGGUGGGCACUCAGCAGCCAACAGGACCUUGUCAUGUCAGGCUGACUCGCCUAUAACUAUGACUGAUGGCCAGUAAAGACUCAGCAGCAUAAUAUUAGUAUUUUCUAUGUCCAUUCAUCAAAAUGGAUACAGUUUUCUGGUACCUGUGUAGCAAGGUUGAUUAUCAUCCAAACUGCUGAGCAACAUUCUCUCAUCAAAAUUUAUGUUUGAAGUCUCAAAAGAAUCAAUCAUUGUCUUAUGGAAUUCUUGGCACUUUUUCCUUAUUAAUCAAUCCUCGUCUUUCUCUUUCCUAAUCCAGAUCCACCCCUUGGUUGUGUGUCCAGGCAUUCAAACCUGAUUAAUAAGAUAAAGUAACCUGCAGGAACAAAAAGACAGAAGUGAAUUUGUCAUUUUCUUUCCCUUUUACAUUCCUCACAGUUUUGUUUUUUUCCAUUUGGUAUGUUUUUUAAUUAUGUGUUAGGCUGAAAGAAAAGAUUUCUUUUCCAAUGUUACAACUGCAAUUUUGAAAUGCAAAUCCAUGCCUAACUUGCACAUUUACAAAUGUUACCAUUAUGACUGUAAACAUAAGUAGCAGAAGCUGAAAUGAAAUGCUUCGGGAGUAUUUUGAAAGCAGGCUAUUUACCAGUAUAUUUUUUUAGAAAAUAAAUACCUCAUUUUUAUAGCAUUAUAAAUCACAUAGUUGGACUGUGAAGUAUAUUUUUAUACAUUUAUUUUGAUUGUUGACUUAUUCAUAUAUACAAUCUGGUGUUUUGAUUAAUAAACUCUAGA